AUGUCCGACUCCUACUUCAACAACACUACGGCGUCGCUGGAAGACCCACACCCAAAGGUAGAGCUGGCUCCACCACCUCGCGUACAACCUCUCGCUGAGCCACGCGCCAUGUCUCCAUUGUCAAACUGCGAUGACAUUGAGAAGAUGGCACCUCUGGGGGAUAUUGUCGACCGCAUGACCCGGCUCAGGACUUCGAGUACGGCUAAGCUUGUUAAACGGGAAUCCUACGACCUCUCUGGAAGCACCUUUUUGAUCACAAACGACGGGAAGACACUCAAGCUACCUAUUCCCUCGGAGAGCAAGGCGGAUCCUUUAAACUGGAGUCAAUGGAAGACUGCCGGAGCAAUCUUUUCCAUCGCACUGUACUCGGUCCUUUGUCUGACUGCGGCACAAGCCUCAACUGUUCUGUUGGAUGGUGUGCAGACUGAGUUUGCUUCAGAGGUAUUUUUAAUGAUCAUCGACCUAACCUACAUCAACCAGCGCUCCACAGCCGUAGCCACCAUGUGGUGCGUAGCAGGCGGCUUCGGCACCUCUGGUGUCGCCCUUGUCCCCGUAAUCACCAACCACAGCGGCCACUGGCGCGAGUUCUACCACAUCUGGCUGAUUCCGCUCUGCAUCUCCUUCCUAGUCUCCUUCUUCCUAUACCCAGAGACGUACUUCAAGCGCCCCACCGUCGCCUUCGACGGCCUCAUCCUUAUGCAAAGCGCAACCGAAAAACUCACAGUCUACCAAGACGCCGAGGAAGACUCUAGCCUCUACCGCGACCUCCCCGAGCCCCCGCCUCGCAGGGGCUUCGCCGGACUCCGCGAUCGCAUCGGUAUCGCUCGCUCGCCGUUUGCGUGUUGGAGGGCAAUGGGUCGCUGCUACGUUCAAAUGGCUUACUGUGCCAUGAGCCCCCUCAUCUUCUGGGUCUUUGUCGCUUCAGGCUUCAACUCAGCGAGCAUGAUGUUCAUCGGUGCUACGUACCCACGUGUCCUCCUCGCAGAACCCUACAACAUUUCCCCCGAGCUCAUUGGCACCGUAAACGUUGCCUCGGGCUGUGGCGCCCUCCUUGCCUUGCCCAUAUGCACCUUCGUCACUGGUCGCGGUAUAACACGUCUCUCGAAACGCAACCACGGCGUCCAAGAAGCAGAACACUACCUCAUCGCGUACAUCCUCCCCGUCAUCGUCGGCGGCCUAAGUUCGCUCCUCUACGGCCUCGCCGUGCACCGUCACUGGAGUCCCGUCGCCAUCUACUUUGCCUACGGAAUGAACGGUUUCGCUUUCGUCACCCUCAUGACGGCGAAUACACUGUGGGUUACCGAGGCAUUUCCGCGAUGGGCAGCCCCCGCGCUGGCGGUCGUUGGUGGCGGGUUGUUUACGGAGUCUUUUGCGCUGAGCUUCGUUAUUGUACCGUGGAUUAAUGCGCAUGGGUUCAUGUGGGUGGGCAUUGAGUUGAUGCUGUUUCAGAUUGUAGGCGGGUUGAUUGCAAUGCCGGUUGCGUUUUGGGGGAAGAGUGCGAGACAGGCUAUUGCGGGGAAGUGGGCGGAUGAUAGGAGUGGGGCGCUGAGGCCGUUGUGA